AUGAGAACAGUGAACACCUACCUCUUCAUGAUGCAGGCUCAAGGCAUUCUGAUCCGGGACAACAUGAGAACCAUCGGAGCUCAGGUUUAUGAGCAGGUGGUUCGGAGUGCUUAUGCCAAGAGGAACAGCAGCGUGAAUGACUCAGAGGGCCCAAUAGACAUAAACAUGAGUGAAAUCGCAAUGGACGACAUCCAUGAAAUCUUCUCCAAAGACCCAGCCAUCAAGCUCGGAGGUCACUGGAAACCUUCGGAUUGCAUGCCUCGAUGGAAGGUGGCGAUCCUCAUCCCUUUCCGGAACCGCCACGAGCACCUCCCAGUCCUGCUCAGACACCUGAUUCCCAUGCUGCAGCGCCAGCGUCUGUGGUUUGCGUUUUAUGUGGUUGAACAGGUCGGCACCCAGCCUUUUAAUCGAGCCAUGCUUUUCAACGUCGGUUUUCAAGAAGCAAUGAAGGAUCUGGACUGGGACUGUCUUAUUUUUCAUGAUGUGGAUCACAUACCAGAAAGCGAUCGGAACUACUAUGGAUGCGGGCAGAUGCCGAGACACUUCGCAACCAAGUUGGACAAGUAUAUGUACCUGCUUCCUUACAGCGAGUUCUUUGGCGGAGUGAGCGGCUUAACGGUGGAACAGUUCCGGAAGAUCAAUGGCUUCCCAAACGCUUUCUGGGGUUGGGGCGGAGAAGAUGAUGACUUAUGGAACAGAGUACAGAACGCAGGCUACUCCGUGAGCCGGCCAGAAGGCGACACCGGGAAAUACAAAUCUAUUCCUCAUCACCAUCGAGGAGAAGUCCAGUUUCUUGGAAGGUAUGCUCUGCUGAGGAAGUCCAAAGAACGGCAAGGGCUGGACGGCCUCAACAACUUGAACUACUUUGCAAACAUCACAUACGACGCCUUGUAUAAAAACAUUACUGUCAACUUGACACCCGAGCUGGCUCAGGUGAGCGAGUACUGA